AUGAAGUAUUGUUUGGCAAUCAAACUAACUUGGGUACUAUUCCACUACAUAUGUGCUCUAAAAGAUGAAUCUGAGAAACUGUUCAAUGAUUCUUCAAAUGGUUUAAAAAAAACUACUAAAAUUCUUGUAAAUUCACCGAUCCAUGAAUCCAAUGUUCAUACAUUGGAAUACGUUUCCGUACUCGUUUAUGUAACACCUCAAUCAAACCUUACAAAAUCAAACGUCACAGUUAAUUCCAAAGAAAUGCUAACUAGCAAACUUUCAAAUUCUACUGAGCAGUUAGCUAAAUCUUUGUCACUGGAAACUACAGCAAAUAAACCGAUAACACCUGAACCUUACUUCCAAGAGGAAACAGAUGCUGAAAUCGACAAUCUUGAAAAACCCGAACUAAGCAAAAGUUCUGCACAUUCUGGUGAUUCACAUACUGAUCCAGAAGAAAAUCCAGAAGACGAUUUUGAGGAUAUUGAGUCACAGAUAGAUGAGGAAAAUCGUUUGCUCAACGGAAAAGAUUUCACCGAAUCUGAAUCUAAGGAGUCUAUACAUCAAAGUGACCGUAAUAAUGUAGUUCAUGAUGAGUCACACAUCUUUAAAAUUGACGAUAAUAUAUCGUUAUACUAUAUAUUUUGGAAAAUAUGUGGCGAACGAUUGAAAAAUAAAGACGUGCAUCUGUUAUAUGAUCUAAUAUGUGUGUACAUAAUAUUUAUAGUGGCUGUUUAUCAAGUUCCCGUAUUAAUCGAUAUGAUGUUAGCAGUAAAGUGGCCUUUUUACAUUUAA